CUCUCCGCUCUACUAGCACUACUUAGUAGGUGAUAUUCACAAUGGAUAAGCAAUGUCAUUCGUAUGAUUUACAAACUGCCGCAGACGAAAUUUUUUUAAUAAAUAUAUUGAAUACUUGAUAGUUGAUUGUGUGUUAUAGAAACGGCAACACUAUAAUGAUCCGCCGAAGUUUCCGCGACUUCAACAGAACGACCCGGAUUUACAUAUAUCCAGCCAAGGGAACUGUCACUCCGACAGAUUUUAUGGAGAUUGUUUAUGAUGUUACAACAAAAACAACGAUCAGCUGAUUGAUGUGCGGUUGAUUACCACGGUGUACAGAAUACAGAUACUCUAUAUAUAAUUCUUUGUUGAUUACGCUUAAAUAAAAAGUAAACAAAACGUUUCACCUAGCGUCGCGUAUUGCACUUUGAUAAUAUUUUGGUAAUAAAAUUUACUAUCAUGCUUAAAGCCGUUAACACUUCUCAAACAUUCAUACAAUUAGUAGAGAAAAAGUGUGCUGAAAUAUUCUUCCGCAAAGAGAAUUGCUUCACAAUAAUUUGCUCAUAUUGCGAAUUGAAGACUUUCAAUUUUGAAGAGUAUUUGAUUCAUUUCAAAAAUGCACACUUCAUAUCAUGGAAUUCAUCAGGAAAUAUCCCUUUCAUAGACGAAGUUGGAAUAAAAAUAGAAGACAAAAAUCACGAUGAAGAGUCUUCAAGUAUGCCCGAUGAAAAUAAAGAAUUUGGUCCUCUCACCGAAUUGCAGGAGAUACCCUUGCCUGAUUCCGUUAAUCCGACUAAUGCUGAUAAUUAUAAAGUAUCUGUUGAUGUUUUGCGUGAAGAUAAUGAGUGGCUAACUGAUAAGGAAACUGAUGACAGUGAUGAUGAACGAAGUGGCAACGAUCCAGAGUUCAUGCCAAGGAUUUUAAGUACCGAACAACAGGAAGACAAAACGCCUACCAAUUUCAACUGUAAUGAAUGCAGUAAAAGUUAUAAAUUUGCAAAAAAUUUGGAACGUCAUAUUAAGAAAUGCCAUAGUGAUGCACCAGAAUAUUGCUGUGUACGUUGUAGUCAAAAUUUUAGUGAUGAACGAUCACUGAAUUCUCAUUUGCGCAAAAAGCAUGCUGGUUUUCCCUGCGGACAAUGUGACAAAGUUUAUUCAAGUAAAGAAGCCUUAAAUAUUCAUCAGUAUAAACAUACAGGAGUGCGAGGAUUCCACUGCAGCAUAGAGGGUUGCGGCAAAUCUUUCUUUAAUCCAAAACAACUAUCCAUGCACACACGGUAUGUUCACCGAUUGAAAAAAAAUUUCGUUUGUGAGGUAUGUGGAUUUCGAACCAAAGGACAACCUGCUCUAAUUGUACACAAACGAUCACAUACGGGAGAAAGACCCUUUUUGUGCAAAUUGUGUGGCAAAGGCUUUGCUUCAAAAUCAUUAUUGUGUGAACAUGAGCCCACACAUUCGACUGAUCGACCACAUGUGUGCGAUGUCUGCGGACGAACGUUUGCGCGACCUAAAGCACUAUACCAUCACAAACAUCUACAUCUGGGCAUAAAAAAGUUUGUAUGCAAACUCUGCGGACGUGCAUAUGCUCAAAUGGCUGGUUUGGCAGGUCAUAUGCGGCAACAUAAAAUGGAAAGCUGUUGAAUUGAAUUAUUUUAUUUUUGCAAUAGAAAUAAAAUUGCUAAGUUAUUUACAGGGGUUUGUCUCAAAAGUUAAUUGUUAAUUUUUUAAAGUAAUCAGAAGCUUUUGGAGUUACAAGCAGAAUCGAAUUCUGUUUUCUAUAUUUUAUGUUGCAUAUACAAUUUCACACAAAACCUUGUUAAUUUUGAACACAUGUUUUUUAAUAAUUACAUUUAAGCAAUAUGCAAGCUUAAAAUAACUCAGCUAACUCGUCAACAAAUUAGUUUUUAUACUUAAUUUCCUUUAUACAAUAAGAAAUAUUUAUUAUGUUGAUAAAUCUUCAUUAUUUUUGUAGCAGAUAUUAUUUUAUACAAUCUAUUGUGAAUCGACUAGAAUGGUGUGUGACAACUGUAAUAUUUACUAAAAUUUUCUUAUAUCAACAGUUAGGAUACCAAAAAUGUGUGAAGAUGAGUAUCGAUACUAAUAUUUGUAUUAUUAUCGAAAGUAAAAUAUCGAUAUAUUACUCUUUCGAUGCAAAAAAAUGAAGAAUGGACGUAAUUCAGAAAAUAUACUGAUCUAACUGAACAACAGUAACAUAAGUAAA